AUGAUAAGGGAAGGAGAUGAAGGAGGAGUACAGGUAAUGGAAAUAGAUGAAACAAAAGACAUAACUCCAUACAGGAUAUCCUCUGAACUGGUGCACUCUGACCACUGUGCUGUGAGAGUGGUCAUGAACUGGAGAAUAGUAUGCGAGGGAAGCAAGAGUGGAAAAUAUGUGAUAGAUAUAAGAAAGCUGAAAGAUUGCAAAGACAGACAAGCCUUGGUAGAAAUAGCAAGAGAAAAUGGUCCAAUAAAACAGAAAUACACCAAAUGGCAAACAGAAUUGGACAAGAUAUUGAGAAAAUGUAAGAAAAAAACCAAAGUGAAAAAUAACAAAUCAAGAGUAUUAAGAGACCUAAUGAGGGCUAGAAGGAGUAUAAAAAAGGAAGGUAAAAGGUUCAUUAGUACAGAAAAGAAGAGGAUAUGGCAGGUGCAGAAGAAAUUAAUAAGUGAAUACAUUAUUAGAGAAAAAAUGAAGGAAGUUGGCAUUAGAAUGAAGGAGAAAGCAGCUGAAAUAAAAUCCGAAGGGGGAGUCAAUGGAGCAGCCUUUUGGGACUUCAAGAAAAAACUUGACGGCACGAAACCAAAUAAUGUGGUGGCAGUAAGAAGCAAGGAAGGGAAAGUAAUAGAAAAUGUUGAAGAAAUUAAAAGAGAAUAUGAACAAUAUUAUAAAGAUCUAUUCAUAUUAGAUAAACCUAAAGAUGAAAUCAGUAGGCUAGCAGAUGAAAUUAACCUCCAGUACCAGAAAUGGAUGUCCAUAAGUGGGACAGGAAAAACGGAAAAAAUCCAAAAGUCAAGUAUUCAAGAAGUGGAAAAAGCAGUAAAGAAUCUGAAGAAUAAAUACACCCCAGACAGUCAAGGGAUAAAUAAUAUAAUUAUAAAAAGUAUGGGUACGGAAAUGACUGAAAGUCUGGCACUCUUAAUUGGAGACAUUGAAGAGGAGUUAAACACUCCGGAUGAAUGGGAGAAAAUGAAAAUAUUAUCACUGCAUAAAAAAGGAAGCAAACUAGAAUUUGAAAACAAGAGAUGGAUAUUCAUUACAAGUAACAUAAGCAAGGUAUUUGAAAAAGUGAGGAUGGAAAUAACGAAGGAUGAGUUAAACCAGAAGAUAAGCCGACUCCAAUGUGGUGGCAUAGAGGGAAGAUCCACAGUUGAUCACCUGUUAACCUUAAAUGCAGUGAUUAGCUGCAACUCAGUGUUGGGAGCCCCAACGUACAUGUGGUUUGGGGAUGCGUAUAAAUGCUUUGACAAACUGGAUCUGAAGGACUGCAUCAAAGAGAUAGGGAAAGUGAUGGGAUGGAAAGAUGCAUGGUUGAUAAGAAAAAUGAAUGAAAACGGUAAAGCAGUCAUAAGAAUCCCAGCGGGAGAAACUGAUACCAUUGACAUAACAGAAAAUGUGAGGCAAGGUACAAUUUACGGCCCAAAGCUAUGCAGCUUAGUGACUGACAGAGUAAAUGAUUUAAGCAGGAAGAACGUAACACUCAUAAGAAACGUAGCAAUAACGUAA